AUGUGUAGAAGUUUCGUAGUCCUAAUCUGCUUUUUAGCAGCGGUUGAAACAGUUUGGUCAUCGGCUGAUCCAAGAGGGACGAACAGAUUGCACGGUGAGACGCGGAAUGAGCAGGAUGAACGAGUCCACUUUCGUGGCCGCACAAAGCAAACAUCGAAAGGACAAUCGAAGGACAAAGACAACUCUUUGAACCUUGGAAACAUCCUUUUCGAUCGGGAACAACUCAAAAAGUACGUCCUUGAUUAUUUGUGGAAACAUCACGAGCGCGAUCCGGAAACAGACACAACAAUGAACAAGGAGGAGGGAACAUUCAGUCAAACUGAUAAAAUACAAUUUGGUAACCAUCACAACAGGUUGGAACUAAGCGCAUCAAGCACAAAAUCAAAACAAAGGCGCGUGAAAAAUGAUAAUCGCCAGGAACACAUAAGUAAAAAAUCAUUUCAUCAACACCAAAGUCAUACAACACCUAAGCAACGAACGUCAUCAUCAGGACAAACGCGGUUUCAUUCAUAUCAACGAGAUCACCCAAAGCACUGGUUGUCCAAAAAGUUUCACUUGCCUGUCUAUUACAGUGUCAAGGAAGUUAAUGGAAAGGAAAACUUUAUUUUGGACCAUCCAUUAUCUUCUGAUUCUAAAUCAAGGAAAAGGAAAUCAAAACUAGGAGGAAAGGAGUCGAGAUAUAUUGAUGGUCUGACUGGUGGCAAAGGAAAUAAAGUCGCAAGAACAUUGCACAGCCAUAAGGCUGAAAAGAGGGAAAAUUCUCUCUCAGAAAGAUCAGUUACACAUUCAUUCCCACGCUCUCCAACACAUAGGAAAGCGACUGUACAGAAAAAUAAGAGUCACAAAAGCGGACGAUCACAUCACAAAGGAACUAAACUUAAACACCAUUUAAAUGAUCAAAAAGAGGGAAAGAAUGGUUUGAGACAUGAGAAAUCUAGGAAAUCCAAGAAAUCUAAUAAAAGAGAUUUUAUUGCAAUACUCCCACCAAAGGAUGUAAAGAUUGAGGGCUUUAAUGUAGAGAGAGUUCAUUCUCAUUCAUCUCAUGAGAAACGGAAAACAGUUGGACCUAAAAUCAAAAGAGUGAGGCAUUUGAAAUCGCAAAAAAACCUGGAGGUGACAUCUGUGGCAAAGGACGUUAUUAUUAGGAAAAGUAGCUCCUCAGUGAAACUUAGUAAUAGGAAGCACGGCCGUAAAGUUGCAAAGAUAUCACACAGGAUUGAUCAUCAUGAUGCUAAGGUUACAAAAAGAAAGGAAUCGCAUUCCAGGAAAGUGACCAAGGAAACCAAGAAAAAAAGAAGAAAGAGCCAUUUCCAUAAAAGCUCUAAGGAAUAUAAAGCCAUUAGGAAAAGUUUUGUUGGCCCCCCUGCAUCUAAAAGUCACCCACAUCUUAACAAAGAUAAAAAGUACCAUCACAAACGUGAAAAAUCAAUUGAGCAUAACGAGAAAACUUCAAACGGUCAUAAAAGACACAAAACAGCUAAAAGUAAAGACUCUAAGUCGAUGAAAUUUUCUCCUUCUUGGAAAUCUCUCGACAGAAGAAAAAUUCCAUCUUGGUACGACGAGGCCAAGUUUGGAAUAUUUGUACACUGGGGUUUGUAUUCGGUUCCAAGCUUUGAUAAUGAAUGGUUCUGGUACAACUGGAAGUCGUUAAAGAAGAAGAAAUAUGUGGAUUUUGUUGAGAAAAAUUAUCCUCCGGGAUUCAGCUACAACCAGUUUGCCCCAAUGUUCAAGGCAGAAUUUUUUGAUGCCAAUAAAUGGGCCAAACUGGUGGCCCGAUCAGGGGCAAGGUACUUUGUGUUUACCAGCAAACACCACGAAGGCUACACAAAUUGGAACUCGAGCGCGGCCUGGAACUGGAACUCAGUCGAUGUUGGACCUCAUAGAAAUAUUGUUGAUGAGCUUGCAAGAGCUUUUCGUAAUCUGGAGGACCCGCAUAUAAAGUUUGGUUUGUACUACUCGUUAUUUGAGUGGUUUAAUCCUCGCUUCUUAAAAGACAAAGCCAAUGACUUCAAAACGGAUGGAUAUGUUCAGGCUGUUGUUAAGCCUCAGUUGUACAACCUUAUCAAUACCUACAAACCUGAUUACCUAUGGUCUGACGGAGAUUCGGCAGCAAAUGCAUCAUAUUGGAGAAGUGAGGAAUUCCUAGCGUGGCUCUUUAAUGAAAGUCCAGUUAAAGACACUGUUGUAGUAAAUGACAGGUGGGGGCGUGGUUGCCGAUGUCGUCAUGGAGGCGUUUACACUGGGCAGGACAGGUAUAACCCUGGCAAACUCCAGAAGAUGAAGUGGGAGAAUGCUAUGACAAUAGAUCGUCGUUCCUGGGGAUUUCGACGAGAAGCAAACCUGAAAGACUACCUCAGUAUUGAAGAGUUGAUAAAACAGCUGGUCUCUACUGUCAGCUGCGGCGGCAACCUGCUCAUGAAUGUUGGACCAGCAUCAGAUGGUACGAUUGCGCCGAUUUUUCAGGAGCGUCUCACUCAGAUGGGAGAUUGGUUAAAAGUGAAUGGCCACGCUAUUUACAAAACCAAACCAUGGCGAGCUCAAAAUGAUUCGGCUAACGGCGAUGUUUGGUACACAUCCAAAGGAAGCCACGUUUAUGCUAUUGCACUAAAAUGGCCAACAUCUGGUAAACUGGUUCUUGGAGAUCCUAUUUUCACACCUGACGAAACACAGGUCAGAAUGCUGGGAACAGAAAACGAUCUCAAAUGGAAGCAUGGAUCAAAACACAAGAGUGGAAAACGCAAAAUAGAGAUACAUGUUCCAGUUAUUCCUUUGUCAGAGCUCCCCUGUUUGUGGGCGUGGGUUUUUAAACUAUCAAACGUAAGGUGAUUUGAUUUCAAUGCCAAGCUAAAGCUGGUUUCAUGAGCAAUCAUGGAGUAAAGUAAUCAUUUUCUGUUUCAAUUGAUCAUCAGUGAGCUUACGUGGCUGAAAACCUGUAUAUAGCCCUCGUGUUAAUGUAAAGGAACCAUAAACAUCCGGCUGUUUUAAUUCGCCAAAAAUUAAAGAAAAUAUGAACGCUACGGAAUACUCACAAAGAAUUCAUGCAUUGA